AUGUCUCAGAAAAAAUAAAUUUUUGUAAUAAAAAAUGAUUUAUUUUAAAAUUAAAAAACAAAUUUAAAUCAAAACAUUUAAUUAAAUCAAUAAAAGCAAGUAUUUUAAGAAAAUUAAUAAUAAGAAAAAUGUUUAGAACAAGAAAAAAAAACUUAAUAAUUGUUAAAAGAAUAUGAAGAAAAUUGUGCAAAAUAUAAUUCAGAAAACUAUACAUAUUAAUCAAAUUAAAUUAUAAAAAAAUUAGCAAAUGAUGAAUAAGCAAAAAAUAUGGCAUAAAAAUUUCCUCUUUUUUAAAUGUUAAGAUAAAUAGCAAUAAAAUUUCAUUUUAAUGAAUUGGAAGUAGUUUUUUUUGCAUACAUUUUAAGAUAAAAUAAUUGGAAUAAUAAAUAGUUGAUAAAUAUUUAAUAUUUUAAAGAUUUUAUGAAUUUAUAUAAUGGAGUAAAUAUAAAAGAAUAUCUUUAUUUGGAAAUUUUUUUGUUAUUGAAUGCUUAUGCAGUAAAAUAUUAUCUAAAUGAAAUAAAUUAAAUUGAAAUUUUCGAAAUUCAUAUAAAAAGUAUUUUCCCAUAUUUUUCUUAGCUUUUUUUUUAUUGGUCAAAAAAAUACGCAACAAAUUCUUUAAAAAUAAAUCCGAAAUUAUUAAAUAAAAUAUAUAUAAAUUUAUCAAAAUCCAAAAAUAAUAAAAAUAGUUUAGUUAUCGAAGAUUAUAAUUCACUUGUUGAUUCAAUAUUAUAAACAUCAAAUAAUUAUCAAUAAUAAAUUGAUUUAUAAUAAUAGUCAAUAAUAUAAUAAUAAUAAUUAAUUUAAUAACAAUAAUAAUAAUUAAAAAAUAAUCAUAUACAAAUAUAGAAUAGUAACAAUAAUAUUAAUAUGAAUAAUAACAAUAAUAUAAAUAAUAAUAUUAAUAAUAAUAAUAAUAAUAAUAAUAAUAAUAAUAAUAAUAAUAAUAAUAAUAAUAAUAACAAUGGUAAUAAUAAUGGCAAUAACAAUGGCAAUAACAAUAAUAAUAACAAUAAUAAUAACAAUAACAAUAACAAUAACAAUAACAAUAACAAUAACAAUAACAAUAACAAUAACAAUAACAAUAACAAUAACAAUAACAAUAACAAUAACAAUAACAAUAACAAUAACAAUAACAAUAACAAUAACAAUAACAAUAACAAUAACAAUAACAAUAACAAUAACAAUAACAAUAACAAUAAUAGUUUAUUUUUUUUUAAGAAUUAAUUAACUGAAAAUAAAGUUGAUAAUUAAUAUGAUUAAGAACUAAAUAUUUUACCUAAUUUAAAGCCUAUAAACUCAUAUAUUUCGGUUGGUAAUGAAGUUUUAUAAUCUGGAUUUUUCCAUAAUAAUAUUGAUCAUAAUAAUUUCUAAGGAAGCUAACAUUAUUUAGAUAAUGUGAAUUAAAUAAUGAUGUAAGGAAAUAAAAAUGUUAUUUUACCUAAACCUAAUAAAUUAAUACUAGAUAGUAAAUAAGAUGAAACUUGUUAUAAUUAAGAAUAUCUUAAAAAUAUGCUAAAUUUUUAAUAUUAAAAAUAAAAUAAUAACUUAAUAAAUAACUGCUUAAAUAAUACAAAUUUAAAUAAUAAUAUUAACAACAUUAAUAAUAAUAACAAUAGCAAUAAUAAUAAUAUUGGAACAAUUGGAACAAAUAAUUUUAUAAAUAAAUUAGAUAUUUGA